UGCUAUCUCGCUCGCAUAGGAAGUUGAAUUAUCAGCUGAUCAUGGUGUUUUGGAUGGAAGUUGCAUUUGGCACGGAGGGUCUCUUUCUUUAUCAUCUUAAGCAAAUCUUAAACGUCAGAGACACCGGAAAAUAAAGCUGCAUGUAAUAUUGCGCCACCUCCAACACGCGAAACGGCGGCACCCGGAGAAAUCCGCGUUAUUAUGAACAGAUGGUUGCCAUAAGUGGUGAUCUGUUUGCUUGCUGUUAAAUCAUCGGAAAGAAAGAAAACAACGUCAGACGAGGCUCGUGCGAAUCUGAUGUGUGUAUGUUGACUUAUCUUGGACUGUGAUCGUUGCCAUAAAUAGCCUAAAUGUAUGUAAUUUAUCUGAUUGGACACGACAUUUUCUUCGUUCGAUGUUAUAAUUAGUAGCUUAUGUGUUUUAUGUGAUUUAGGUGCAAGCCAAAGGUCAGAUCAAAGUGUUUGUUGUUGUUUUUCUUUUCUUUUUACAACAUACAGCAGUUAUAUAAUUUGUUCGCCUAUAUAUUGGUUAUAAGAUAAAUAAUGUCUUGUAUUAAUUAAUGCUUAUGGAAGUUGAUAAAAGAGCAGCAACCUGUAACAAAUUAUUCAUUUAUUGACAUCGGGUUGCUGUGACUGACAUACAGUUUACUUGUUUAAUUUAAUUAAGCUUUGUCAUACUGACCUUUUUAUAAGUGUGUAUCUGUUAUUCGUUUUAUAGUGUUAUUUAUAAGCAUGGUGACAGUGGAAUGCGUUGAUAGCUGGAUUGCAUCACUUGUAUCUUGACAUAUCUGACGUCAGGGGUGUCCUGUGUCACUCAAAUUGUGUUUAAAGCGUGUGGGAGAUUUUUAGUCAUACUACUUCGUUACAUUUUGACUGAUUUGUUGAUUUAACGGUGGAUUAUCCAAGAUAUUUCGAAAGGGAAGACUCAGAUCUGGCACAGUCAGAGAUCCUCGUUGAUAUUCCCAAUUUCUCCCCGCCAAUGCUGGAUCUGGAGGUCGUUCCUGAGCGAUCUUUAGGAAAUGAACAAUGGGAAUUCGCAUUAGGGAUGCCAUUGGCCCAGGCCAUUUCAAUAUUACAGAAACACUGCCGAAUCAUCAAAAAUGUCCAGGUGCUCUACAGCGAACAAAUGCCACUCAGCCACGACCUCAUUCUCAACUUGACUCAGGAUGGAAUUAAACUGCUGUUUGAUGCCUGCAAUCAGAGACUGAAGGUAAUUGAAGUGUACGAUUUGAGCAAAGUGAAACUGAAAUACUGUGGAGUACAUUUUAACUCUCAGGCAAUAGCACCUACUAUUGAGCAGAUUGAUCAGUCUUUUGGUGCUACUCAUCCAGGAGUCUACAAUGCUGCCGAGCAGCUCUUCCACCUGAACUUCCGAGGGCUUUCCUUCUCUUUCCAGCUGGACUCGUGGAGUGAAGCUCCUAAAUAUGAGAUUCCCCAUGGGGCCACUGUCAAGCGGAUGUACAUUUACUCUGGAAACAACCUUCAAGAAACCAAGGCUCCAGUGAUGCCUCUGGCCUGUUACCUCGGUAAUGUGUAUGCAGAGAGUGUGGAGGUGUUAAGAGACGGGGCAGGACCGCUGGGUCUCAAACUUCGCCUACUCACUGCAGGAUGUGGCCCGGGAGUGUUGGCUGAUUCUAAAGUGCGAGCCGUUGAGAGAAACAUCUACUUUGGAGAUUCUUGUCAAGAUGUUUUGAGUGCUCUUGGCUCUCCACAUAAGGUCUUCUACAAGUCAGAGGAUAAGAUGAAGAUCCAUUCACCCUCCCCUCACAAGCAAGUCCCAUCCAAGUGUAAUGACUACUUCUUUAACUAUUAUAUUCUGGGAGUGGAUAUACUGUUUGACUCUGCAACCCACCUGGUCAAAAAAUUUGUCCUUCACACCAACUACCCUGGCCAUUACAACUUCAACAUAUAUCAUCGGUGUGAUUUCAAGAUUCCUCUCAUCAUUAAGAAAGAUGGGGCAGAUGCUCAGAGUGAGGACUGCAUUUUGACCACCUACAGCAAAUGGGAUCAGAUUCAGGAGCUGCUAGGACACCCCAUGGAAAAACCAGUUGUGCUCCACAGGUCAUCAUCUGCAAACAAUACCAACCCUUUUGGUUCCACAUUCUGCUUUGGACUACAGCGGAUGAUAUUUGAGGUCAUGCAGAAUAACCACAUAGCUUCUGUGACUCUCUAUGGAGCUCCUCGUCCAAGUAGCCUGGCUCGUGCUGAUCCAAGCACCCACUGAGGAAGCCGUGCCCAUCCAGCCCUGCAGAGCCUCUGAACUGAACAGCAGAGUGUGCCUUCACUCACUGCUGCCAUCACACAAGCUAAAGCAAGACAUGCUGGGAGUUCUCUGGAGUUGAACUCCCCUUCCCCCCACCCUUCACAUUUUAAUAGAGGCCUCAAUUCGGUCUCCUCCUUUGAUAAUAGCAUGGAGGCUGCCCUCAGCCUGCUAAUGAACCUAAAUAACCGUACAAACCUGGCUUUGCCCCCAAAGCUUUAACCCAGACAUGCAUCAACAUCAGCAGCAUCAUUAUAAUACUUGUGGAUGCACAGUGAUCCACACAAGCAUAUCUGUUAACCUUCUAAAAUUUCCAUACCAGAUGCACCAAAGGGCAAACAGUGAAGCGAUUUCUCCUCUGCAUGGUAAACACUUUAACAAAAACGCACAUGAAUUCUAUUUCCAACAAGCAAAGGAUGAGAUCAAAGUCAAAUGAGGACAAACUUUCGCCGCAAAAUUCAAUGACGAGAGUGUUUUGUUUGCAUUUACGCGAGGUUCCAAGCACAAGCUUGCACAGUAUGGAUCCAGUGCUGUGAAAAUGUUUUUGUGGCACAUGAGCAGGCUCCCAUACACACAUAACGAUUCAUAAACGUAUUUCAUACCAAGUCAGCAGCACAGAUUACCUCCCAUUUCAAUAGCGUACAUCGGCUUUAUUAUGGUUGAUUCUGUUAUUGUUCUGUUGUUCGUGAGCGCAUUCGUUUUGAACAUUUGCACUAAAAUACACCUAAUUUACUUGAUAAUUGUCUCCUGUCCACUGAGGAACGUUUUAAUUGCCGAGUCUCUGAGGGAAAGGUCAACGGGGGAGGGAACGACGACGUGCAAUCUGGAUUUCAAAGCUAUUAGCGAGAAAAGCCAUCCACCCAUCGCUGUUUCUCCUUCCCGCUGAAUGCCGUCAAUUUUGUUUGCGUCUUUUUUCUAGUCCACAGUACAAAGAUGUGAAUUUCUUCUACCUUAUUCAGUAUCUUAAAGUCUUAACUGCAGAAUUGUCUUCUGUCGCCUGAUUGCCAAAACGUUAGCCAAAGAAGAAACAAUGGUUAGCUCUCUGUCGUUUUAAAUUUACAUCAUAAGAACAUUCCCUUUUGAUUUGAUCCAUACAGUCCCUGAAUAGUCUUUAGCAUAGUGGCCCAAUCGAUUGAUUGGUAAGUAGACAUGAUGUUGUCUGUAGCCAUGUCCAUGUCUGUACAGAUCUGUAAAUAACGUACACCAUUUUAAUUGUUUCAUCAGCCUAAUGGUACUGUAUCAGAUCAGCUGACAUCUGGAACUCCCCUACACUGCUAACAUACUGAGAGUUUCUGGUUUUCUUUGCCAGCCCUUGAAGGGACACUAUAGCAGCUUCCCUCUACUGUUGUCCUGAAUGAAGUCACCUACAUUUGACCACUUUCAGGAGGAUUUCACAAUGAUGACUAGAGCAUUUUAACUUUAGUAGAUGGUUUGUUCACCUCUAACUGUUGUGCGGCCUGGCAGCGAGGCCCCCCAGAGCAAGUUUGCGUUCGCUGGGGUCAUUCCCACCUCCCUUCAGGCUUCUGCAGUGUGUGGUUCAGGCUAAUUCGGGCAUUUUUAGCUUUCUGUUACAUUAACUGCGCUGGAAGGCUGUCAGUGGUGUUUUUAAUAUAUUUUACCCUUAGCUUUUGGUCAUUUAAAAGGAAGAUUCUAUUAACAUUGUGCCUCAUCUCCCACCGAGCCUGUCUUGACGUUUUCUCUGUAAAUGAAAUUGUUUGAAAAACUGCUUUGUGUAUGUCUGAGCAUGUAAAACUUAAUUGAUAGUUACAGAUCUUUUGUUUUGAAAGUCGUACCUGAAUACAGACUGGUUGAGUAUUGAGCUCAUGAAAGGCUAUGCAAGUUUGUUUCCGCCAUGGAAACACAAUAAAAACUGUGACAUUUUAAUUUCACAAUUUUCACUUUUUCCUGACAAUUCUAUGAAAAAGUCAAUUGCAAGAUUGCAGUUAUAGUUUAUAACUUGAGGAGAAAAGUUAGAAUUGUGAGAGAUAAACACAAUUUGUAUAAAAAAAGUUCAAAAUUGUAGAUAUUACCUUUUUAUUUUUAGUUUUAUUCCAUGGUGGAAAUAAGCUUCCAUAGUUUAAUCUGUUCAAAAUGCAGCAUAUGAAAAAUACUGUCAUGAGUUAAAAAUAUAUUAGAACUUGUAGAUGGUCCUUCAUGAUUUUAGGUUCACUAAGUGGUUGUGGUGUUUCCAUCAAAAUUCAACCUUGUACUUUUCGAAAACGGUGUGAAGUUCCACUUUAAUGAGUUUAAUAUGGUUAGAUUUUAAAACUGUUUAGGACUGAGGAUCAGAUUUAAAAUGCACAUUUGGAACCUCCGUUGUCAAUAAGGAAUAACACAACUGCUGUUUUAGUGUCAUUUUGGGAGUUUUACUACAGGAGGAGUGUGGUCUGAUGGGCCGAUUGCCUGCCCAAUCUCAGGUGGAUGUCUUUUAUUUUAAUGCCAGGAGCAAAUGAAUGCUUAAUUUUCAUCAUAUGGGUUUUGGCUAUAUUGUUUCUUCUUCAGACUUCUUCAUCCUAUUUUUGCAUUGGAAUGAAUGAAUGAAUGAUCGUCCUGAGGAUUGUAAUUAGAAAUGGACAAACUCCGUACAGUGUAAUGCGCAUAUUAAUGCUAUGUAUUGUAUCCCUCUAUAUUGUAUGUUCUUUCCCAUCCUCCAAAGUGAUUAUUUUUUGUGGAUUCAGUACAUUUAAUCAAUUUCUGGAAAUGGGAUUUAUCCACGAUUAAAAAAAAGUAUCUAAAUUGAUUGCAAUGUGGUGUUUUGUAUCUCAUAUAUUUUUACCUCUGUAGAUUUAAGGAACAUGUACAUGAAAGAUCAACAUUAUCAGCCAUUUUUGUUGUUUCUAUUUUCAUUUUUAAAGCAAUAAUCGUUGUGUUGAUGGAUAAUAAAUCAGAAAGGUCUGGUAUAUGUUUGUCAAUAGCUCAGAAUGGUGCAACAAUGCUGUGACCAUUGGAUUUUAGUUUCCUCGUUGAAUCUACUGAAAGCAUUAUUCAUUUUUUUAACUGCUAAUUUUGCAUUUUGUUCAUUAAAACUGUUACAGUGUGUUCAGAAAUAUAUUUAAAGAAUGGAUGUAAUAAAUACGGAGGGAAAGAA